AUGUAUUGGCUUCUAGCCCUUCUACUUACUCUCCUGGUUGUCUAUGUUGCCCUCAGACCGUCCACCAAGUCUAACCUCCCAGACGGUCCUCGAGUACUUCUCAAUGAGAAAGACCGCCGCACCAAACUUCACCUCUACCUCGCUCUGUGGGCAAAAACAUACGGAGACUUCUUCUCAUACCGGAUAGGUCACUCUACGGCAAUCGUGCUCAGCAGCAUGCAAGCUAUUGAGGAGCUACUGAUCAAGAAGGGUCACAUUUACAGCUCGCGCCCGACGAGUUCGUCCCAGGCAGACAUCAUUACCGGGAAGGCAAGGAUUGUGAAUAUGCCAUAUGGAGAAGAGUUCAGGAACGCAAAGAUCUUCCUCCCUUAUCAGGAGUAUGAGAGUCGCCAAACUCUGAGAAACCUGCUGCACAGUCCUGACCUCUUCUACUCGGAAAUGUCGCGGUACUCGGCCAGUGUGACGUUCUCGCUUUUAGUUGGCGCUCGCUUUGACCGCUCGGAUGCUUUCCUCCCUACGAUAAUUGGUGAAAUGAUGCAGAAAUUUUUUAAUAAUAUCACGCCGGGAGCCUGGGUUGUCGACCUCUACCCCUUCCUGGACUAUCUGCCUGGAUUCCUUGCUCCCUGGAGGUCCCAAGCAUACUCUAUUCAUCGGGAGUUGCGCAACUUCUGGAACGUCUUCUUCCAUUCUAUCGAAGAGCGAGUUAAGGAAGGUACUGCGCCGGACUGCUUUCUGAGCAGAUUUAUCCAAGACCCCGAAUCACAGCAUCUGAGUGAGAUUGAACGGAUCACUGUGGCGGCCGAGCUCCUCACGGCGGGCACCGAGACGACAGCAACGACCUUGCAAUGGUUUUUCAAGGUGUGUGCUAUACAGUCGGAGUGGAUUCCCGAAGCCCAAAAGGAGCUGGAUACUGUCGUUGGGAGAGAUCGCUUGCCCGAUUUCAGUGACAGGGAAAGUCUGCCAUACAUUACAGCUGUGGUUUCGGAACUUCAUCGAUGGGCAUCCGUCACACCGUUGGCGUUCUUCCAUGCCACCUCCCAGGACGAUACGUACCGCGGCACCACCAUUGCCAAAUCCACAGUGGUAAUCCCGAAUACGUACGCUGUGCAUCACUCGGAUGAGUACUUUGCGAACUCGUCUGCGUUUCUUCCAGGACGGUGGCUUUCGCCCGAAGACCCACGGCACGUCCACGACGGUGCAAAGACGGCCAAUCACCUCGCAUUCGGCCUCGGGAGAAGAGAAUGCCCCGGCAAGCAUGUUGCGGACUCGAGCCUGUUCAUUGUUAUUAGCCGGAUUCUGUGGGCCUUUGACAUUGAACGUGACAACCCUCCUCCAAGCGAUGAAACAGCCUCUGUCACGGGAUCAUGUCGGGAAUUGAAGACGGAAAGCUCGAGCUAA